GGGGCCUAAAGCAACAGGAUACAGUCCGAGACACAGCACACAGGACGCAGCCUGGAGGAUACAGGUCAUUCAGUUUCAUCCAAAGCCAUGGGGUUCACACGCCUUGCUGUCCUGCUGUCUGUCACCAUGAUCCACCUAGUUUCAGGCAUGAGCUUCAUGACUCCUGAGCCUGAUACACCACCAACAUCAAGCCCAGACUCUUACCCUCUGGGUGACCUGAUCCAUGCCGCCCUGCAGAGCAAGGAAUACUUAGGAGAGGCUCCUGCAGGCACAGGCACCACCACCAACCCGACGCAGGCCGUGCCUGGGCUCGGGCAGACUGAGUCGACUGCGACCGUCAUAUCACCAGGACUGCUCACCACAGCUUUGAGUUCAUCCUCUGCUGCCAGCCAGACAGGAUCGAGGAAUACCAUGUCCUCGCUGCCCGCAGAGGAGGAGACGACCACCACUCUGAUCACCACAACCACCAUAACCACAAUGCAUAUGCCAGUACAAUGCAAUGCGACUUUGUCAGCGAUGGAGGAUGUUGUCGAGUCACCAGAUCCUGCUUCAUCAUCAUCUUUUUCCCCUCUGGAAUGCACCUACAGCAUCACUGUGUACGCAGGUUAUGGUGUGGAAAUUCAGGUGAGGAAGGUGAACCUUUCUAAGAAAGAGUCCCUGACCAUCAUGGGUUAUGGAGGUUUGGGACCAGAGCUCUUAGCCAACGAGACCCUGAUGAGAGAGGGUCAGGUCAUUCGCAGUACAACCAAUCAGGUGUACAUACACUAUCGCAGUCUCCAACAGACCAACCAUGGCAUGUUCAGCCUCCAUUAUCAAGCCUUUCUGCUGUCCUGCCCAUUCCCUCUGUCUCCGGAGGGCGGCGGAGUGACCGUGACGGACAUCCAUCCUGGAGGGCAGGCACACUUCCACUGUGAUCCAGGUUUCCAGGUUCGCGGCCAUGAGGUGGCCACUUGUGUCAACACAACACAACCACACUGGAGCACUCCUGAGCCACAGUGUGUCGCGGUCUCAUGUGGAGGGUGGAUUCGUAAUGCAACAGUGGGCCGGAUACUGUCUCCACCCCCUCCAUCUGUCAGCAACCACAGUAAUGGAAAUAACCUUAGCUGCCACUGGUUAUUAGAAGCCAAAGAGGGACACAGACUCCACCUACACUUUGAGAGGAUUGCGCUGGAUGAAGAUGAUGAUAAGCUAAUCGUGCGCAGUGGAAACAGCUCCCUGUCUACGCCGCUCUUUGACUCAGAUCUGGAUGAUGUCCCAGAGCGUGGGUUACUGAGUGAGAGCUCCACGCUGUACCUGGAGCUCACUGCUGACUCUUCCUCCAUCCCUCUGCUCUUGGCUCUGCGAUACGAGGCUUUCGAUGAUGAACACUGCUGGGAGCCCUACAUGCCCCAUGGAAAUUUCAGCAGCAGCGACAUUACAUAUCAGCUGGGCACGACUGUCACCUUCACCUGCUCUCCAGGAUUCGUCAUGGAACAAGGUUCAGGGACGAUCGAGUGCGUUGACCCCAGCAAUCCCCACUGGAACGACAGCGAGCCUGUGUGCAGAGCUCUGUGUGGAGGGGAGCUGACCGAGCCCUCGGGCACCAUCCUGUCUCCUGAUUGGCCCCAGAGCUACUCCAAGGGGCUGGACUGUGUAUGGCAGAUCCAUGGUAACGAGGAAAAACGCAUCGAACUGGACGUCCAGAUUUUAAACAUCCGCAACACCGAUGUGCUGACCGUUUUUGACGGACGUGACCUCAUGUCCCAUGUGAUCGGACAAUACCUGGGGUCCAGAGAGCGUUUCCAGGUCGUGUCUGGGGGGUCGGAGGUCACCAUUCAGUUUCAGAGCGAUCCAGAUGAUUCCAGCUUCAUCCUGAGUCAGGGGUUCCUCAUUCAUUAUCGUGAGGUUGAGCCAAACGACACCUGCCCUACCCUCCCCCAAAUUGAUUUUGGCUGGAUCAGCUCGUCCCACUCCUCCCCUGUGAGGGGCAGCGUGCUGACCUAUCAGUGCCAACCAGGAUAUGACAUCAGUGGCUCGGACAUCAUCACCUGCCAGUGGGACCUCUCCUGGAGCAGCAGUCCGCCUACAUGUGUCAAAGUCCAGCAGUGUCCUGAUCCGGGAGAGGUGGUCAACGGAGCGCGCUCGGUGCGCCCUGAAGCUGGCUUCGCAGUCGACACGGUCGUCCGUUUCUCUUGCAACCAGGGUUAUCAGCUGGAAGGUCCCAGCCAAAUCUCCUGCCACGGACGAGACACCCGCACCCCCAAAUGGAGUGACCGCAGCCCGAAGUGUGUCUUAAAAUAUGACCCGUGCCCAAACCCUGGCGUCCCCGACAAUGGCUACCAAACCCUGUACAAGCACAGCUACCAGGCGGGAGAAACUCUGCGUUUCUUCUGUUAUGAGGGCUACGAGCUCAUCGGUGAGGUCAUUAUCAGCUGUGUUCCCGGCCAUCCGUCUCAGUGGAACAACCCGCCGCCCUUCUGCAAAGUGGCGUAUGAGGAGCUUUUGGAUGAUCACAAAUUAGAAGUGUCUCAGUCGUUUGAGCCGUCCCAUCAGAUCCUGAGCGAGAACAUUGCUUUGGCAAUAAUUCUGCCAAUCAUCCUGGUCAUCCUCCUGAUUGGAGGAAUUUACAUGUACUAUACAAACAUAUGCAGACUAGAAUGGAAGCCGCUCUUCUGGAAGUCUCUUUCUCACACACACUCCUACAGUCCCAUUACAGUCGAGUCCGAUUUCAACAACCCUCUUUAUGAGGCGGGGGAUACACGGGAGUAUGAAGUGUCCAUUUAA